AUGGCUUCUUUCCAUCAGGAUAUUCCUCUUGAGGGUGGUUCAACCAACCGUCCUCCAUUUUUCAAUGGGAUUGAUUAUCCUUUUUGGAAAACUCGGAUGCAGAUUUUUCUUGAGUCAGUAGAUCUUAAAAUUUGGUAUAGUGUAGAGGAAGGAUAUCAGCCUCCAACCACACUAGAUGACAAUGGAAAAACUGUGCCUAAAAAACACACAGAUUUUACUAGAGAUGAAUUAGAGAAAGCCCAAUACAACUCAAAAGCAAAGAACUUAAUAGUUAAUGCACUUGGCAAAGACGAAUACUACCGAGUAUCUUCAUGUAAGACCGCACGUGAGAUGUGGCUUAUUUUAGAAACAACUCAUGAAGGUACUAGUGAAGUAAAGCGUUCUAAACAAAAUGCAUUAUCUAGAGAGUUUGAGCUCUUUGAGAUGCAUGAGGGUGAAUCUAUAUUUGACAUGCAAAAACGUUUUAUGCAUAUAGUUACUUCAAUGAAUGCUUUAAAUAUUUUCCAUGAUGAUGAACUGUUAGUUAACAAAAUUCUGAGAUGUCUUACUAAGGAAUGGGAUGCAAAGACUUCGGCAAUCUAUGAAGCUAAAGACCUCUCUACAAUGUCAAUAGCUACCUUAUUUGGAAAGCUUCAAGAAUAUGAGUUGGAGUUAAACAGAAGGGCUAACCGUGAGCUUAACAAGAAGAAACAAAAGGGAAUAGCUCUCAAGGUAUCAUCAUCUCAUUCAAAGGAAAGUAAGGAAAGUACUGAUACAUCAUCAAGUGAUUCAAGCUCCGGUGAAGACGACGAAAUGACAAUGUUUGUGAAAAAAUUUAACAAGUCAUUCACUAAUUUCUUCAACAAGAAGUUCAACAAAAGAAGAAGAAGAGAUGUUGGCCAAAGAAGAAAAGACAACAAUUCAAGCAAUGCAAACUCAAACAAUGCUUGUUUUGAGUGCGGAAAAGAAGGCCACUUCCAAAAGGAUUGUCCUAAUAAAAAGAAUAAAUAUGACAACGGCAAGUUCAAGAAAGGUAAAGGCAAAACGAAAAAGAAGGCCUACAUGGCAUUCUCGGAUGAUUCAUCAAGUUCAUCAAGCUCUUCAAGUAGUGAAAAGGCAAACUUGUGCUUAAUGGCAAAUAGGAUGAACAUACCGAGUUCAUGUGAUACUUCUUCUAUGAUUGGUCCAUCUUAUGAUGAUCUAUUAUAUGCUUAUAAAUGUUUGCAAGUUGAGAAUGAAAAAUUAACCUCUAAGGUUGAGAAAAUUAAAAAGGAGAAAAAUAACUUGCAAAACAAUGUUGAUAGCUUAACAACCAUUGUAAAUGAUCUAAUGAAAGACAAUGAAAAUCUUAAAAAUGAAAAUCUUUUUAUGAAUUGUCUUGUUGGAUCAUGUGAUGAUGUGAAUCCCCCUUCCACUAUUCCAUGUGCUAAAUGUGUUGAAUUAUCUAAUGAAGUGGAUAGGUUAAAGAUAAUGGUUGAUAGAAUGACUAGUGGGAGAGACAACUUGAAUGUCCUCCUUGGUAGACAAAGGGUUGAAUCUACUAAAUAUGGACUUGGUUUUCAAAAACCUCCCUUUGUUCAACCAAGAAAGACAAACCACUAUCCCCCUAGGUUCAUGUCUAAGCUACCAUUUAAGAAAUGUACAUAUUGUUGCAUGAAUGGUCAUCUUGUAUAUCAAUGUAAUAUUAAGAAAUAUGGCCUAAAAGGAACUAAUCUCAAGUGGGUUCCUAAGAGGACUAUAAAUGUGAGCAACAUUGCUUCAACAUCUUAUGGACCUCAAACUAACACAUCUAGCAUGUUCUUUAGCCCCAAGGUUUGUUUUAGAGCAAAAAGUACUAAAUGGUAUUUGGAUAGCGGUUGCUCAAGACACAUGACCGGAGAUCUUUCAAAGUUCUCAACAUUUCAUAGACGGGAACACGGGAAUGUUUCUUACGGUGACAACAACAAAGGAAAAAUUCUUGGCUAUGGUAAUGUAG